AUGGCGUGCCCAAACGAGAGCCAUGGCAAUCCACCUGCAGAGGAUGCUCAAAGUUUGCAUCCCGCAGUUCCUGCACAAGGCGUGCAGACAACAGUCACAGAGGAAGCAGCUGACGCUGUGCAGCGACAUCGCACAAAGAGGAAAGCCAAAAAACCACGUCGCCCCGCGGGGCAGGAGGAAGGACUUCUACAUGCUCCGGCGGCGGAAGCAUACCUUGAGAUGAAGGCUCGUACAAUGCACGACAUGAUCAGCGAAGUGGAGCUGGACACCCACAGGUCUUAUCGUGUUUUGCAUGCAGCGCAUCUGCAGGCUUCGAUCAUCCUCAGGACCGAUGAGAGUAUCCGGCGCAUGGUGGAGGACUUCUGCAAACAGCCGCCCAAGAUGGUCCUCUGCUUCCUCACUUCUGUGGGUGAUCUGGAAAGCACUGGAUCCAUCGAGAACUCUGGCCUUGCUAGUUCUAUGGAAGAGUCAAGAUACCUGCUGGACAUGUUUAUGCAAAGAGUACUUCUGCCCAUCGCAGAAGAAGCUAAUGCGCUUGUGCUAUGUGAUGCCAGAGAAGAGUCGUGUAUCCUUGCCUCUUCUUUCAUGAAGGCUUACACGCACCGCAAACCUGCUUGGGGCGCAGAAGUGCCAUUGACUGUUCUUGGGUUUGCAGAAUGGCCAGAUUCGGGUCAGGAGAUUCAGGAAAAGUGUUACGCAUUCCCCCAUCACUGGAAAUGCCUUCUUAAGAAGAUGUACGCACCAGAACAUCCAUACCAUUUUGUUGCUGCCGGCAAAGUUUGUGACCUUCGCCAAGACGUACCCAAUUUGGUGUUGAUCGGUGAUGGCACGGACCGGAGUAGCGCUGAGAAAUGUCCAGACAUGGUGUAUACUUGGGCCCCAAACUACCUGCAUCACAGGGCCUUGGAAGGAAACGUUUCUGUUUUUGAUGUUUGGACAAGAAAGGUUGCAGUGAAACUCAGAUCCGCGAUCGUGUCCUACUUCAACUCCCAGAUGCCCUGCCUUGCACUGAAAACCGGCAACUCUGAACUUUCUGGUCUACCUGAGGGCCAGGACGCUAGCCUCCAGUUUGCUGUUGAGGCAGCCCAGCGUGGAAUUCCAGUACUUCUCUUCGACCUCAUUGAGCGCAAGGACGGUAAAUCGGCUCCAGCAGACCGCGCCCGCACCGGCCAAGCCAAGAAGGCCUCUGUCGUGGCACUCAAUCGGCUGGAUUCCCUUAACCAUCUCGGCGACAACGAUGCCGCUAAAGAAAUGGCUGGCCAAAUCAAGGACGAAUACAAGAAUGUGAUGGACGGCCGUAAGAAAAAAUUCAAGGAGGAGGUCGAGACGUUCACAAAAUCGACCCUCCAGCCGAGGUUAGAUGUCUGCCACUUAGCCUAUGUCAUUGCCUUGUAUCAUCAGUUCAGCCCGAACAAGCGCGGUGGUCAAAUGCCGCUGUGGCUGCAACACAAGAUAUGUGAGACAGAUCGAGAUGACAGGGAAGCAAUCAAGUUUCAGCACCUCAAGGAGGUGCGUGAGAUCCUCGUGGACUUCAGCGGGAGCCUUGUCCCAGUAAUGCCUGGAAAGCAUGAACGCACUGCAGAAGCACGGCAGGAUGUCAAUAGCAAUGGUGAUGCUGAUUUCCAGUUGAGCGGUCAGGAGCCUGGACAUGCAAAAGCAAUCGGACCAGAACAGAACGACUUUGUUUCUCAAGCACACGCCCUGCUCGGCCGAGACAUGGUUCAGCCCAUCAACGUGUUCUGGGAUGAGCACGUCCUUGACGACACAGUGCGAGAUUUGCUCGAAAGAACUCGCCUUCCAGAAGGAAACAGUUCAGAAGCGCUUCGGCUCCUGAGAGAAGCUUGGAUCGAGCAUGACAUUGCAUCUGCCCUGGCUGUCAGGUACGGAAGGCUGGGCAGAUUCCUCUACAUGUUUCAGCUGUUUCUGAAUGCAUUUUCGGUCAUCUCCGUGGUUCUGGCAGAGGAGCUUGACUGGACGAUGAUCAGUAUUGACCGGACAGCUUUCAAUGUGGACUCAGCGCUGUUUGCGAUUGCUCUGCUGUCAACCAGCAUCAUCUCAGUACUUGCAUUCGCUAACCCCAUGUCCCGCUGGCAUAAGCUGCGCGCAGCGGCCACGCAGCUACAAAGCAAGAUAUGGCUUUUUCGCACGCGGUGUGGUCCGUUCCAAAUGCAGUCCUUGAACUUUGAUUCUGAUGUUGAAGAGAAGAGGUUGGAGAAGGAGCUGACUUCUUGGCGUAAGGCAGCGGUGCAGGAAACAGAUUUGCAAAGGUCGGAUUUUCAAAGACAGCAUCCUAUGUAUUACUUCACCCACGGACAAUACAAGCCAGAUGAUCGCACACUGAGCAGAUUGCGGCAAAGGCAAAGUCCCCCAGAAAAGGGCCAGGCGUUCUUCAAAUGGGCUGAAGAGCUGCUGAAAGGAAAUGGCUAUAACGGUUAUAAGGACGACCACCACAGCCCCGUCCAGCCGUCGCUUUAUGUGCAAUUGCGUUUACGAUGGAUGAUCGAGUUCUACCAGAAACGUCUCCCCGGGUAUGCCAGAUACAAUCGACUUCUAUUCUUUAUGUCGAUUGUCAGUGUCUCGUUGAGCUCGGUCCUGGCCUUUUUCGGCUUCACUCGCUGGGUCAUUGUGGGCACUACACUCAGCUCCGCUUCCUCCUCUUGGUCAGAGUUCCUGAAUGUUCAGCAAAGCAUCCAACGGUACUCUGAUACUAUCAUGGCCCUGAAGAACUUGGAGUCAUGGUGGAAUAGCCUGACCCAAAUAGAAAGGGCAGCGAUCCCAAAUAUCGAGCAUCUCAUCCAUACCACCGAAGACAUUAUCAAGAGUGAGUGCGAGGCUUGGGCAAGGGCGCAGAAGCAGCAGGAGGGCAAAGCUUCCAAGUGGGCGGUGAAUGCCAAGGCUCAACCCAAAAGCGCGGCGAAGAAGUGA